AUGAGAUACUUUGGUAUUGCCGCUUCGGCCACUGCCUUGAUGGCUGGUGUUGCUUCCGCCGCCGUAACUGGUGUCACUGGUAAACCCGAAGGCUUUGCCUCCUCAACGACCGGUGGUGGUGAUACUGCUGCUGUCUACCCUUCCACUACCGACGAGCUGGUCUCGUACCUUGGCGACGACUCUGCUCGUGUCAUUGUCUUGACCAAGACUUUUGACUUCCGCGGCACCGAGGGCACUACAACCAGCUCUGGAUGCGCUCCUUGGGGUACUGGCACUGGAUGCCAGACUGCUAUUGACAAGGACAAGUGGUGCGAAAACUAUGAACCGGAUGCACCCUCGGUCUCCAGCAUCACCUAUGAUGCAGCUGGAACCCUUGGAAUUACUGUUGGCUCAGACAAAUCAAUCGUCGGCGAUGGCUCCAAGGGUGUUAUCAAAGGCAAGGGCUUGAGAAUCGUGAAUGGAGCCCAGAACGUCAUUCUUCAGAACAUCCAGAUUUCCGAUAUCAACCCUGAAUAUGUUUGGGGUGGAGAUGCCAUCACCUUGGAUGGAACAGACAAUGUCUGGAUCGACCACGUUACGACUUCCAACAUCGCAAGACAGCACAUCGUCUUGGGCACCGAAGCUUCUGGAAACGUAACAAUCUCCAACUCCUACAUCGACGGUUCCGGCGAUUACAGCGCAACCUGCGACGGACACCAAUACUGGGCUCUCUACUUCGACGGCUCAGACGACAAAGUAACCUUCAAAAACAACUACAUCUACCAAACCUCUGGACGCGCUCCCAAAGUCCAGACCGGAACUCUUCUUCACGCCGUCAACAACUACUGGAACGACAACUCAGGCCACGCCUUCGAGAUUGGCGAGGGCGGCUACGUUCUCGCCGAGGGAAAUGUGUUUGAGAAUGUCGAGGCACCUCUGGAGGCUUCUUCGUUUGCUGGAAAGCUGUUUACUGCUGAUUCGGGCUCGUCUUGCAGCUCUGCCCUCGGCCGCGCUUGUGAAGCAAAUUCUCUCACUGGUUCUGGCGCUUUUAGCGAGAGCGACACUGAUUUGCUUACCAAGUUCUCUGGUGCUGCUGUCGCGGCUGCGGAUCCUGCUUCCGAAGUCAAGUCGUAUGUCACUGCCAACGCUGGCGUUGGUAAGCUUUCUCAGUAG